AUGGACUCGAACGCACCUCUCCCGUAUGGAUGGAUUAAGCAAUUCGACCCAAAGUCCGGCCAUGUCUUCUUUGUUGACACGAAAGCCAACCCUCCGCGUUCUAUUUGGACGCACCCAUAUGAAGAUGAGCAGUACCUCGAAGCCCAUCCUGAAGUGAGAAGCACAGUCCGGGGCGCAAAUGGCUUUGGGUCCGAUGCAUCUCUACCCCUUCCGCCUAACAACAGACCUCGUCGACAUUCUUUUAAUGGGCGUGAGGCAACGCCAGUCGAUGUCCCACCGCCUCCACACAAGAAGGGAUUUCUCGCAAAAAUGAAGGACAAGGCGCGACACUCGAUGGAAGAGUACAACGAGAGAAAGAAACGGGAGCUGCUCAUGGUACCCGAAAUUUGGCCAUUCUAUAUGUCCAAUGAUGACAUUUAUACACAGAUGCAGCAGCAACAGCAGCAAAUGUACGGUCAAUCCCGGUAUGGUGGGCCACAGUUUGCAGCCCCGACGUAUGCAUAUCCGCAGGCGAGGUAUGGGACGGGUAUGGGACGACGAGGCGGGAUGGGUGGAAUGGCGCUUCCGCUGAUGGGUGGAAUGGCGGGGGGAUUGCUGUUGGGGGAUAUGCUGGACAACGACUUUGGUGGGGGAGGAUGGGGCGACGGCGGCGGAGACUGGGGCGGAGGCUUUGGAGGCGGGGGUCCACAUAUAUGCAUUCUCGCUUCUCCAGAUCUUUCUGAGCUAUUAGAGUCUUCCUCUUUGCCCCCUCUCCAGCAUAUUCUUCAGUCGUUCUCGCCGCUGCCGCAAGUUACCACCCGCACUGUAACUCUUGUGUCGGUCCCACACGCUUCCUUUGCCCUCCGUUUCUCAGACUUACAAGAUGUGGAAGACGCCUGCCGUGAAGAUGACGAGCAGCGUGCUAUCCGUACAAUAGACUGGAUUACCGCACGCAUCAGCAAUCGGUGCUCAAAAUGGGUUCAGGACAUGGAAGCUUCCGGGGACAAGGAUACUGUGCGCACGCCAUGGUGGGAUGAACUUCGGCGGUGUGCUGAAGGUGACUUCGUCCCUGCGAAAACCGAAGCCUGGAAUCAUCCCGUUGCUCUUAUACUUGCCGUAUCGACAACGGCGCCUAAUCCUUUGCAGGCAAUCACUGCAUUACAUUCUCGGACGAAUCAACUUCCACCAUGGGUUGAUACUAAUUUCUUGCGGUACACGCUGAUAAUACAUCCCCAGAACUCGCCGUUAUCCGCAGAGGAGGCAGGAGCGCUUUAUAAUGCAGUCAAGAAACAAUUUGGAUUACAUAGUUAUUUGUUGUCUCUAGAACUGCCGCAACCUCCACCACCCCCAAUACCAGUUCCUGCACUGAUGCCUCGCUUACCGCCCCCACCUACACCUGGUUCUCCGCAACAGAAACCCCCGAUAACUCCCACCGCGCCCAAUAUCCCCGAAAGUUUUUCCAACCCUAGCGCUUUAAACACGUUAAGAAUGCAGGAAAAUGAUAUUCAGCAAACUGCUCGUUUUACACGAGAAUUUGUCGUAAUGAGUCUUGUGCCUUGGAUGGAAAAAUGUGUGGUUGAAUGGAACGAAAACUUUUCUUCGACUCGGAGGCUCCCAUCACGUUUGUUCUCGUCAACACGACGACUAUUUGGAUCACAAGUACCCACACCAGUGCCCACACCCCCGCCAUCUUCUUCUUCUGUUUCUGGUCGGCCUGGUUCCAUAUCUCUCAAUAGUGGUCCUACUCCUCCCUCUCAACAGCGUCGCCUUGCCGAAUUUACCACUAUAUUAGGCGACUUUAAAUUGGCAGUCACAGUAUGGGAGGCUCUACGUAAAGACGGCAAGGGAGGUUCGGACAUACUUCCAUUGCUUUUAUCUCCCUCUCCUUCAGUUCCCCUAUAUGCCCAAGCGUCUUUGGCUACUACACACCCAAAUAUGAUGGAUCUGCCUCCGCAUGCACAAACCCGUGUGCUUUCUUACGCUGUCCGUUGGGAAGCUGGCAUUUCCAACAGAGAUUUUGUCAGCAACAUGUUAGAAGGAGAGCGAUGGUUGGUUUGGGCAGCCAGCAAUGGAGAUGAAACACCGUCAGCUUUAUUAUUGGCCCAGGCCGCAUUGUUAAGCGCUCAAAAGAACGCUCGGCGCAGGGCGGCUUUAUGGUACGUUGCUGCUGCAACUAGACUAGAGAAGUGUGGUAUUAAACCUUUAACUAUGUAUUUCCUGCGCAAAGCACAAGAUCUUUACUCCGUGAGCCCACCAAAAGAAUUAUCUCCAUCAUUUUGGGAUUCCGAAGGGAAGUCACCAUCCGGAACAGAAGGCUUAGAAGAUAUCAUGGCAGGGAUAGCCCAUCCUCUAGGUAGAUUGUUGUACACCACAGGGGAUUUGGCUGGGGCUGUCAAACUCUUUCUGAGCCUCCUAAAUGGAACAUCAACCUUUCCAUCGAGUGGAGGUCAUUCUUUGGAAGACGGGGCUAAGCCUCAGAGCAACGAUAAAGUUUACUUGGACGACUUUCGCGUUGCUUACAACUACUGGAAGUCCAUGGAAUCCGAUAAAAGUUCGACAACUAAUCUGACGAUUCCACUAAAGUUAUGUGUGAAUAAGCAAUGCCGCAUACGAAUUUCUGGGGACAUUACGAACGGCAAUUCUGAUGUCUGGCAGAACCGACAAGAAGAUUGGAGAUCAUUUUGGAAGUCCAAAGGAGGGAAAGAGAUAUUGUUACCCGGUGGCAAGGUCAGCACGAACGAACUAUUCUGGGUGGACCUUAUCUUGUACAAUCCCCUAGAAGCAGACAUCAAUUUAUCAAACGUUACACUUGUCGUCGAGACGAAACCUAAUACUGUCGAGCAUAUUGGAGACAUUAUUGAAGUUGAAACCAUCAAGGAGGUUGUUUUGGGUCCCAAAGAAACAAUAUCCGUUCCAAUAUCGCUCAAAGCAAAAAUACCUACGACGCUGAGCAUCACGGAUGCAAAGUACGAUUUUUUGUCCAUCUUACGGACGCAGGAGUCACUGGCAUUUCGUGGUCGGCGCCUGCAUGACACAGCUUUGCAACGUCAACAUCCAACAUACGCUCCAGACGUUGUUAUGAAAACGGAAAUAAUUCCUUCAGAGCACCGUCUCUUUGUGACAUUUGUUGAAGACCAACGUCUUGUUCUACUGCAGGGAGAGACUAAGACUAUCCGACUGUGGCUCACAAAUGCAGGAUCAAAACCAAUCAGUGAAGUUUGGAUGAUUGCAGGUGCUGAUGAUGAAAUUUGGCUUGGACCAAAUAGCGGACCAGAAAAUUCGUCCUCAGAAACUGAGAUCAUUCAAACCUCUAAUUCUCUCAAACCUCGAGAACCACUGAAAUUACCUUUCAGCUUACCAGAUGGCUCCAAUACGAUCAACCCAGGAGAAAGCAUAGAAGUACCUGCCAUGCUGCAUACGGAAAUGCCUGGUAGCCAUGAGCUUUGUUUGUUGUUCGUCUUCCGAGAGGUGAAGAGGACCUGCUCUGUCUAUCAGUCCCCGAAGAAGAAAUCAAUCCAAAGUGUUGCUACUACGAAUUUUAUCCACACUGCACGACGGAAGUACAUGUCUCAUAAUAUUUCGAAAGUACAUUCGUACAUUGCGCCUGCUUCCCAUCCGUCCAUUUUCCCUCUUUACAACCCUUCUGCUGUUGAUAUGAUUAUCUUUUGGGAAGUUUCAGGAGGAAAUAUUGCAGGCCAUAUAAAUGUUCAUGGUAUCACUCUAGGAGCGGGACACGCUAGACUAGAUGGCAUUGUCGAAGAAGCGGAGAGUGCCAAAGUUAAACGAAGCAUGUAUGCGGAGACACGGAAAGAAAACAUGGAGGUCCUCGAUGCUAUCAGAAAUAGCGAGUGGAAUGCAGAGAUGAAUCCUUUGGUGCUAUCAUUGAAGGAGAUCGGAACGAAGCUACACGACUUUACAUCAGGGCCCUGUCAUCUGCCUCUAGAGGUCUGCAUACGGAAUCAUUCUACAACACAGUCGGCCCAUUACACAUUCAAAUUGCGUACAGACGCAAAUCCAUCAAUAAACCUCCUUCCUCCACCGUACUCUGGCCGUAUGACAUUCCGCGGAACAAUUGCCCCAUCUGAAAUCGUUACAAUUUAUCCCAAGCUCUGGGUAACUAAACCAGGUGCCUAUAGCCUGAAUGGUUGGUCAUUGGAGACCGAGAUCAACGGUUCAGACCCAAAUUCGAACACAAGAAAACGGGCGUAUUUACUCGAACCUUCAAAGAAGGAUGAAGAGCAAUGUGUUAUUAUUUCGGAUUCUCGGGCACACUGA